AUGAUCAGCAGCGAGGAGCACCCGGCGCUGGGCCUCUUCUGCCAGGCGGCCCUGGACCUUGGCGUCCCGGAGCACGCGGAGAGCGCGGCGCAGCUGGCGGUGCAAAGGGCCCAGACGGCCAGGCAACACGCCUUGGCCCUGGAGCUCUUGGCCGGGGUUCUCUCAGAGUCCGGGCAGGACGCAGCCCCCGCGCUGGGCAGAGCCCUGGACCUCAGCAAGGAGGAUCCUGACCUGGAGGCGCGGCUGUUGCUGAGACUCUCCAGCCUCGAGGCCAAUGAGGACGAAGCUCUGAAGGUGCUGGAGCAGGCGAUUGGCCUCUGGAGCAAGUUGCCAGAGAAGGCGGAAGCCAUCGCCUGCGCUAGGUAUCUCUCUGUGGGUGUCCUGCUGCGGAACUUCGACCCCAAGGAGAGCUUGCGGGAGGCCUCGGAGGCCCGGCGCUUCUUCGCGGAGGAGGGGGACGCCUUCCGGGAGGGUUUGGCGCUGCUGGCGGCCGCGGCCAGCCUCCAAGGCUUCGAGGAGUCCAAGGAGACCGCGGAGUUCGCGGCGCAGCUCUUCCAGAAAGCCUCGGAGCCCCGGGGCGAGGCCAUGGCGCUCUCCGCGAUCGCGGAGAUGCACCGCAGCCGCGGGGAGGACGACCUGGCGCUGGAAGCAGCGCAGCGCUGCCGCGUCAUAGUUCAGGAAGCUGGCUGGAAGGAGGAGGAAGUCAAGUGCCUCGUUGCUGCUGGGCUGCUUUAG